CCUCUUCUCAGCAGCACCAGCCGGGCAGCAUGUCCACCUCCUUCCACACACCGCUGCGUCGGCUCGUCGCACGCAGCGGCGCCUCGCUCCGUCCGCGCGUCCUCACACCCCACCCGCCACGCACUCGCGCCUCCUCAUCAGAUUGGCAGCCCGCCGAGCCUACUGUGCUGCUCGACGACGCAGCCGACACUGCGCGGCAGCAGGCUGCUGCUGCAUAUGGCGAUGUAGCAGCAGAAAGCAGCGGCAGCGGGAGCGGGACAGUGAAGGACUUCUUCGCUGCGCAAGAAGCGAGCGCCUCCAGCUCCAGCUCCAGCUCGAGCAAUCGCAGCGCAGCGCAGCUCUUCGGCGCUGCGCCCUCCAGCUCGAGUCAGAGCGGGCAGAGCAGCGCGCCCGCGCCCAGCGCCGCAGAUCUCUUUACCUCUUCCUAUCUCUCCUCCUCCCGCUCUUCUUCCUCUCGCUCGUCUCCUCGCCAGUCCGACGCUCAGCGCGAAGCGCUCGCCUCGGACGCCGAGGCCCUCUACGCCAAUCUCUUCUCCGAGCCCGCCGGCUCCUAUCCGCGCGCCUCGGCGUGGGCGGCACGUCCCGUGCGGCCCGAAGUCGUACGGCGCAACAACAGCAAGGCUGCGGCGGCGCCGGGCGCAAGUCUCACGCCUGCGGAAAUCGAGAGCUUCCGCGAGAUUUUGAACAUUCCGGGUCGGAAUGGUGAUGAGGCGGACGCACACGCUGAUGCAUCGUUUGGAGCAAGCGAGCUCGAUGAGGAUCCUCAGGCUAGCGCCGGCUUCGGCUCUAGUCUGCGCCGCGACUCGGCCACGUCGAAGCUCGAUGCCUUCGUCGAGCGCAACGCAUUGCGCGCACCAGUCGCGACUCCUCAAUACGGCAAUACGCGGGGCGGCUAUCUCGUCCCCUCGGGCUGGCGAGGCCGACAGGGCAUUGUGCAAGAUGCGCAGGCGAAGAAGCGAGCGCCGGCCAUUGGUGCACUGCGAGAGGGCAUCAUGCUGGAGCAGGUGGGCGCCGAGGAGAUGGAGAGGACGCUGGAGGAGGCGAGGGCACAGGUCGCGGCCUGCGAGAGCGUCGCUGAAGUGUGGGAAUGGGCGAGGGAGAAUGUGCUGCGCUCUCCAGAGGAGGAAGAGUCAAGCGCCUCGCCGCCAAGCGCAGAUGAUCCUUCGUCCUCGACCUCGCCCGCGACCUCUCUACCUCGCUACGGCCUUCGCACGGCCUUCUACGCGCCCGUGCUCCUCAUUCUCCUGCGCGAGCUGCGCGAACGCUUCCACUCGCCUCUCUCGGCGCUCUCCAUCCUCGAAGUCGCCUCUGCCCUCGGCUCGCUCUCCCUCGUGCAACUCACGCCCAUGCUCUAUUCCGAAGCCAUCAACACGCGGCACUCCAUCCUCUCCGAUCUCUCCGGCGCAUACAGCAGCCUGCAGCUUGCAAGAGCAACGGGUGUGGCACCGGCGCCGAGCGAUGCCACGAAGAUUGUGGUGCCGAGAUUCUCGGAUGCGGAGUCGGCGCAGCGCAAGGACGAAGAGACGCUGCGCAGGGCCGUCGAGGAGGUCACGAACCAGGUGCGCGAGGCCUCCGUCUUUCGACGUGCCCAGGACUCUCGCAGCCACAAGGCCUCUACCGCCGGCAGCGGCAGCGGAGCAGCAGACGUGCGCUUCCGCAGCGAAAAGGCAAGGCAGGACGUGCGCAUUGCGGAUGCGAUGUCCUCACUGGCGGGCUAUAGCAGAGCCACGUCGAUCGUGAUGGAGGAGGGAUUGGGAGGCCCGCGAAGACGGGAGCGCUCGAGCAAGAAGGGCAUCUGAAUGCGCAUACGUUCACGGCGAGUCAUGGAUGUGGUUGCGCAGCGAUGUUCGUACAGGAGAGAGGCACAGCUCGGUCUUGGGUGACAGAGUCAGGACGUAACGGCGAGAACGGCAGAGUCAAAGUACGAGGC